AUGUCAACCGAUCCAAAAUCUGCUUAUCGUGGUAUUCACAACUUUUUUGUUAAUGAUUCACUGAGGAACAUUUUGUUAAAUAGAGGACUCAUGAAUUAUGUACAAAGUUUGGAUGAUAUUGAUGAAGAAACUAUGAAUCAAGGAGAUAUUGCUGAGAGAAUUUCACAAAUUCCAAGAUAUAUCGAUCAAUAUCACUCAUUCUAUCCAUUAGAUCAAAACUUUUGGAGCGACAAUAGUAUCCAAGAAAUUGAUUUUGCCUUUGGUCAAUCAUUUAGAGUAAUAGACUCUGCUAGUGCUUCCCCAUGUUGUUUGAGACGUAUUAGUGAACAUCAAAUUCUUUCAAUUGAACAAGCUUUGACUAGUGCCGAUCCAUGGUUCAAGAUCAAACAUCCAAAUAUUGUCUCUUUGAAACAAGUCAUCUCUACUGAUCAAUUCGGAAAUGAUAAUGAUUUAUUGUUUAUUUAUGACUAUAGUCCUGGAGCAGAAACUUUGGAAGAACACUUCUUUAUUGAGACCUCUAGAGCUCCUGCAGAAUCUACAUUGUGGAGUCUUAUUUGCCAAUGUCUCAGUGCUCUAAGAGAAAUUCACUCUAAGAAUUUGGCCUACAGAACCUUUUACACCAACAAGAUUAUUAUUCUUCCAGGGUUAACAAACAAGAGAUUCAAGUUGAAUUGUUCUGGUAUGCUUGAUAUUUUGGAAAAUACUGAAGAGGCUGAUAUUGCUGCACAACAAAAGGAAGAUUUUAAACAUUUUGGUAUUUUACUUGUAGAAUUAAUGUGCACAUUUAGAGAAUUGAGCGAUGCUCCACAUGCUUUGUCAGUUUUGAACAAUAGUGAGAGUAUUUCUUGUAAAUACUCUACAGAACUUGUUGACUUUGUAAAGACCCUCCUCCAAGAUGACAUUGACUUGAACAAACUCAUCUCAAACAUUGCUUUGAGAUAUGUCGAUGAAUUGUCUACCAUGUACAAUUAUGUAGAUACUAUUGAAAAUGAAUUAGCUAAGGAAUUAGAAAAUGGACGUUUGUUUAGAUUGUUGGUCAAAUUGAACUUUGUUGCCCAACACGAAGAGUAA